AUACAGUGAUUCAGUUUUGUAAUGCCGGUCGAUCGGCCAAGGUGGUGAAGCUGCUGUUGCUGAACUGUCGGUGGAGUACCCACUGCAUGGAGUGUCGUCGACGAGAGCCCAGUUUCGGAACAGAGGACGUGCGCGUUUUGGGCGGUUGAGUGUGCAUUUUGAGCUCUGAACUACGGAUUUUGGUAAAGGAUACAGUUUGCAGCAAAAUAUUUCCCCAAUUUAUUAGCUAUCGCGCACCCGACAUCAUAAAAUUGUAAUUAGCGAACCCUGCUGCUUCCCCGUAGUGUACUCCCAGACAUUGUAGUGCUCGGUAGCUUUAGCUUGCUUUGCCAGUUCGCAAACCCAGAAUGGCCACCUCAAACCCCGCUUUCAUCCCGGAUGGAACUCCGGACGACUUCGACCCGGAAACCUGCCCCAAGAAGCUUCCACUAACCGGCGUGGGUUUCCCGCCAAAGCCACCCGAUUACAGCCCGACUGCAACGAUGACCACGGAGAAGAAGCAACCCCCGCGGGACAAGUGGGGCAAGGAUAUUGAGUUCCUGUUGUCGUGUAUCGCCCUGUCGGUGGGGCUGGGGAACGUGUGGAGGUUUCCGUUUACGGCGCUGGAAAACGGGGGUGGAGCGUUCGUGAUUCCGUACCUGAUCGUGCUGCUGUUGGUUGGAAGGCCGAUUUACUACCUGGAGAUGCUGAUUGGGCAGUUCUCGAGCAGGGGUUGUAUUGAUGUGUACGAUGCUUCACCGGCAAUGCGCGGGAUCGGGUAUGGGCAGACGUACUCGACGUUCAUCGUGAUGACGUAUUACGCCUCGUUGAUGGGUGUUACGAUGCGGUACCUGGUGGCGUCGUUCGGGGAUCCGCUGCCGUGGAGCGAGUGCAAGGAUAGCUGGAAUGCCACUUGUAUCGAUUCGAGGUUGGCGGUGAACAUGGUUGAAGGGGAUAAUGCUACGAAGGUGUCCUCAGCGGAGCUGUACUUUGUCAAUGAUGUUCUCAAAGAAGCUGAUUCAAUCGAUGACGGUAUCGGCAGCCCGGAUUGGCGUCUAGUUUUGUGUCUUCUGAUUCCCUGGACAUGUAUCUGCCUAACGCUGGUCAAAGGGAUCAAGAGCUCGGGGAAGGUCGCUUACUUCCUGGCGAUCUUUCCGUACGUGGUGAUGCUGGUGCUGCUGAUUCGAGCGUGUACCCUCGAAGGUGCCGGCGCUGGUAUGCUGUACUUCAUCAAGCCCCAGUGGGAUCGGAUCUUCGAGGCCAAGGUGUGGUACGCUGCCGUAACGCAGGUGUUCUUCUCGUUGACUGUGUGCUUCGGCAACGUGAUCAUGUACUCGUCGUACAACCGGUUUUCGAACAAUGUGUACAGGGACGUCACCAUCGUAUCGAUCAUGGAUACCUGCACCUCAAUGCUAGCCGGGUUGAUCGUGUUCGGCGUCAUUGGUCAUCUAGCGCACGUCACGGAUGCUCCAGAUCUGAGCAAGGUGGUUCGCGGAGGUGCCGGACUCGCGUUCAUCACCUAUCCGGACGCGAUCGCCAAGUUCCAGUUCUGGCCGCAGUUCUUCGCGGUAGCUUUCUUCUUGAUGCUGUUUGUGCUUGGGAUUGGAAGCAACGUCGGAAUGGCCACGACUAUCAUGACCGUUGUUCGGGAUCGAUUCCCUCAUUUGAAGCCAUCGUUGGUGGCGUUUGUGAUCGCGAUCAUCGGAUUUGGCAUCGGGAUCAUCUACACGACUCCUGGCGGUCAGUACCUGUUGGACUUUUUGGACUUUUACGGCGCAUCGUUCGUGGCGUUGGUGCUGGCCGUUUUCGAGAUGAUUACAUUCGCGUGGAUCUACGGGGUAGGACGAAUCUGUCGGGAUAUCGAGUUCAUGCUGGGUAUUCAGACGGGAUUGUACUGGAGGAUCUGCUGGGGCUUCGUGACUCCAGUCAUGCUUGCAGCCAUCCUAAUAUACCACGUGGCAACGUACAAAGCACUGACCUUCAACGGUUACGUCUACACGAACGGGAUGUACGCCUUCGGAUGGUGCGUGUUCGCCGCGGGAGUCCUGCAACUACCGGCGUGGGCGCUUUAUGCCGUGCUGAAGCGAAAGGAAGCCACCUGGCAGGAUCGGAUAGCGAGCUGCUUCAAGCCAACCCACGACUGGGGGCCCGAGGAUCCCGAGCUGAACGCCAAGUAUCACGAGUCGGUGUACAAGUACGAGCAGACGCUGCCGGCGGGGCGGAGCUUGGGACGGAAAAUGAUCGAUAAUGUGUUUCAUUAACGGGCGUUGCCUUGAGUUUGGGAGACUUGCCAAUGACUUUAAAACAAUUUCUGAUUAUGACUAGACAAGAAGAUGAAUCUUUGUGCCUUUUGGUUAGCUAAACCACAGUAUUGAAGAGAUUUUCGUAAGAUAUAGUUAUUUUAAGAAUGAAAAACCAUUAAAUUAACUCUAACUGAAUUGUAACUCUAAAUAAACAUUCAAAAUCUAUAGCGUUUUAAAACUUUUCCUCAUCAAUGUAGAUCAUCAUUUGGCACGGUACCUCCAUUCAGCGACCACGGCCAUAAAAUGUCGAAUGUUUCAAGAUAAGUUCACAUUUUUACGGUUGUGAAACGUACAGCUUUAAUUGCAGGUCAUUUCGAACUCAGUAUUGGGCAGGAUUGAACCGGUUUUUAUCACUCAUCGUCACUGCUCUUUGACUUUUAAAGUUCAGGUGUGUUGUUUUAAAAAUAAAUUUAAUAAAAGCUUUGACGUAAUCCUGAAGGAUACAAAACACAGUUUUGACAGCUCUGGGAUGUUCUAGGUUAUCCAACAUAUCGUUUCUAGGUCAUCCGAAAAUUAGAUUUUUGGUCAUUUGAAAUUUGCUUAAAAGUUUUUACAAAUAACUAGACACUAGCCUAGGAUCACAUCCUUAGAAUUUCAGUGUGUUAGGAAAAGUAUUGAAUGACUCUUUGGAGUUAAUACCUGUGAGUCUACCGCUGUAACAAGCAAGACUACAUUAGUUCUCAACGAAGAUUCCCAAAUAAAGUACUUAUCAAUA